AUGGAAAUGGUGUCUUUGGGGCCGAAAAAGGAUGGAAAUCCUAAUGCGGAGUUCUUUACCGCACCGGAAACACUGCAAGGUUUCGAAACGGUGCGGCUGUGGCUGCAGAAACACUUCAAAAAGUUUCUCGCACCCGAUCCUCCGACGAAGGAAUCAUUGGCACAUUUGAUCAUUCAAUUUAUACAGUAUCAGGAAGCAAAACUGGGCAAAAACUCUCAAGAUCCACCAACAACCCGAUUGCCGAUACGAUGCUUCAUGGAUUUCAAACCGGGCGGUGCCCUGUGCCACAUUCUGUCAACGAUGUACCGCUACAAGGCGGAACAGCGCUGGCGCAAGUUUGACUUCACCGUCAACAAGAACCCGAUGCGCAAGGAUCCGAUCGGACAGAUGGUGCUCGACAUUGAGGCGGCGCUGAUCGAGGCGGAAUGUAUGCGGAUGCCGAUCGUAUACAUACGCCCGGAAGUGGAUCGCGCGACGGCUAAUAAGAUAACCGACAUCGUCACAAACCAUCAGGGCGAGAUAACAGUGGACGAGGAGGAAGCAACACACAUAAUAUACCCGGUAAUUGAUCCGCUGCCGGAGGAUUACGCACGUCCGACGUUCCGGCGCGACAAACACGUCAUGAUCCAUUGGUACUACUUCCCGGAGUCGUACGAUACCUGGGUGCCGAAUUCGUUCGAUCUGCCCGACAACGUGCCGGAAAGUCCACCGUCUCCGGCCGAACGUUGGCGUGUGUCUGCCUCGUGGGUGAUUGAUUUGGACGAGUAUAACGAGUGGAUGUCGGAGGAAGAUUACGAGGUAGAUGAGGUGGGCCGGAAGAAGGUGCAUCCGCAUCGGCUCGGUGUGGAGGACUUGAUGUCGAGUGUUGCCGGCGGUGGUGCCGGUUCGGAAGAUAAGGUGAAGAAAACGCCCAAAGUGGUCAAUUCGAAACGCAAACGAUCGCCUUCACCGGCCGCGGGUAAGGGUGGCAAGCGGAAGAGCUAUCGGUCACCGGCCGCAUCGGCGGCAGCUUCUUCCUUCCAGAAGAAACCCCGCGCCGACGACGAAGAGUCGGAAGAUCUGACGAAGGACAUGGAUGAUCCGACGCCGGAAACGAACAUUACCGAGGUGAAGCCGAAUAUGGGCAGCUCGGCAUCGGGACCGGCCACACCGCAACCGAAACGCGAUCCGGACAUGAUACCGAUGAAGUACGCCAGCGUGGCAGAUCUGGACGAUGAGAUGGAGCGUGGUGGGGUCGGUGCGGGCGGGGCUGGGGGCAGCGGUUCUGGCAUGGGGGGUGGCAGUGGUGGCUCUGGUCCCGGUGUUGGGGGUGACGAUAGCCAGGCGGGCAAGACGAGCGAUAGCAGCAACACGCAGGAUUUCCCCGUCGGUGGCAAAGACGAUUUGGAGGACAACGUGACGGAGCAAACGCAUCACAUAAUCGUGCCGUCGUACUCGGCCUGGUUCGAUUACAAUUCGAUCCAUGUGGUGGAAAAACGUGCACUACCGGAGUUCUUCAACGGCAAGAACAAAUCGAAGACGCCGGAAAUUUACAUGGCCUACCGGAACUUCAUGAUCGACACGUACCGGCUCAACCCGACGGAGUAUCUUACCAGCACGGCCUGCAGGCGCAACUUGGCUGGUGAUGUUUGUGCGAUCAUGCGCGUCCAUGCGUUCCUGGAGCAGUGGGGUCUGAUCAACUACCAGAUCGAUGCCGAUUCCCGGCCAACGCCCAUGGGGCCACCACCUACAUCACACUUCCACGUCCUGAGUGACACACCGUCCGGGCUGCAACCGAUCAACCCACCUAAAACGGCACAACCAUCCGCUGCGAAGAAUUUGCUCGAUCUGGACAAAAAGAAUGCGACGCUGGGCGAAAAGAAAGAUGAACUUGCUCCGGGUGCGUUGGCCGUGGCCGGUGGUGGCGCAAACGGUGGUACCGGGGCUCCUGGUUCCCUGAUUGGUCCCGAUGGCAUCAAGGUGGAACAGGGCACCGUCCCGACGGCCGAUCCCAACGGACAGUUUGGUUUGCGCUUGGACCAGUACGCGAAGAAACCGGCUGCCAUGCGUAACAAGACGGCGGCCAGUAUGACGCGUGAAUGGACCGAACAGGAAACGUUGUUACUGCUCGAAGGGCUCGAAAUGUAUAAGGACGAUUGGAACAAGGUGUGCGAACAUGUUGGAUCGCGGACGCAGGAUGAGUGCAUUCUGCACUUCCUGCGUUUGCCAAUCGAGGACCCUUAUCUGGAGGAUGACAACACGUUCCUGGGGCCGCUAUCAUAUCAACCGAUUCCGUUCAGCAAGGCGGGCAACCCUAUCAUGUCCACUGUUGCGUUUCUCGCUUCCGUGGUCGAUCCCCGUAUUGCGGCCAGUGCUGCUAAGGCGGCAAUGGAAGAAUUUGCUGCUAUAAAGGAUGAAGUUCCGGCUUCCAUGAUGGACGCUCAUCUGAAGAACGUAGAGAAAUCAAGCUUCGGUGGCAAGUUUGAUCCAAACGCUGGCCUAGCAAACAGUGGUAUCGCCGGCACCGGUCCGGAUAAGGAUAAGGAAGAUGAAUCGGAGAGCAAAUCAGCUUCAGCGGCGACCGCUGGUGGUAGUACGGCAACAUCUGCCGCUGGUACAACAACACCGGCCACCCCAGCCACACCGAGCACGGACGUGGAAAUGAAGGAUGUAUCGAAAAAGGAUGAUGCCGAUAAAGAGAAAACUUCCGAAGAGACAACCACUAAAUCGCCUGAUUCCGAUGCCCCAGCGACGACAGCAACUGACGCCAGCAACAAAUCUGGUGCAACACCGGACGGUGCUACGGUAGCUUCGGACGCGAAAGACAAGGAUGGAAAAGAUGGUUCGGCACUAACGCCCAGCGCCACCGGCGCCAACCAACCGGAAACGUCAUCCACCGUUGCCAAAGAGAACGGUUCGACCGAUCCGAAGCUAUUCAACGAGGGUAACCUGCAAGCGGCUGCUGCUGCCGCACUGGCCGCGGCUGCCGUCAAGGCAAAGCAUCUGGCCGCAGUCGAGGAGCGCAAGAUCAAGAGUCUGGUGGCACUGCUGGUCGAGACGCAGAUGAAAAAGCUGGAAAUAAAGCUGCGACACUUCGAGGAGCUAGAAACGACGAUGGAACGGGAACGCGAAGGUCUCGAGUACCAGCGGCAGCAGCUGAUACAGGAACGCCAGCAGUUCCAUCUGGAGCAGCUAAAGGCGGCCGAAUUCCGGGCCCGCCAGCAAGCCCACCAGCGGUUCCAGCUGGAACAGGGCCAAUGGCAGCAGCAGCAGGCUCAAGCCCAAGCUCAAGCUCAAGCACAAGCGCAAGCACAACAACAGCAGCAACAACAACAACCCCAGCAUGGACCCGCAGGAACGGUCGGUGUGCCGGGACAAGUACCUCCGCCUGCAUCAGCACCAUCACAGCAAGGCACAGCAGCAGCAGUACCGGGAACGACGGCACCGGGUCAACAUCAUCUUACCCCAGCAACUAUGGCCACCACCAAUCCGGGAACUAACACUCCAAAGCCGCCAUCUGUCGUUGGUGGCCCGGGGAUGGUGGUGCCGGGAGCGCCUGGUGCGAUACAUUCCCCCAACCAACCCAUGCCGGGCCAACAAGUGUCCGGACCAGCAGCGGCAGCGGCAGCAUCACCGGCACUGCCAGCAACAGCAUCCUUACCAUCGGUCAACCAAGGGCCGGCAGCAGCACCCACAGCAGUGCACCCAACGCCCUCCAACGGUAUCGUCCCCCCUAUUACCACCUCCACCCCCAGCUCCACCCAGCCGCCCUCUACGAAUCUUACCGACGGUACUACACCAAAUAGUAUAAUGCCGCCGGGUCUGGGUGUUCCCGGAGCACCGGUUCCACCCCCAUCACCGGCCGGGGGUGGUCCGCACAGCAGCGACCACUCGGCAGUGAUGGGAGCAUCGGCCGCACCCGGACCCGCCGGUGUCCCGAUGGUGCCCCCGUCUGGCCCUGGGGGGGCACAACAACAGCAGCAUCAGGCUCCGUCGGACCAGCAACAUGCACCGUUGCUAGCGGCAGCACCACCCCCAACAGGCGGACCCGCGACGGAUCCCUCCCUGCCGCCAGCAACAGCGGGAGAGGGAAUGCCAGCAGCAGUGGCCACGGCGAACCCGUCGCCAUCCUCCGAAUCCCUAGGAGAAUCGGGACCGGUUACCACCACGCAGUCGCAGGAAGCGACAACGCCGAGCACGGCCGUAGUGAGUGAACAGGAGCAACAGCAAACCGCCUCCAGUGAAGGACCAGUGCAUCCACCGGUCGGUGCCCCGCCGUCGACCGGAACGCCACCAUCAUAA